CCUUCCGCCUCCCGGCUCCACCGUGCGUCCCGGGGCGCUGACCGAGGUUCCGGAGCUGUGGGAACUCCGAGGGCGGCUGUUCUUGUUCCUGCUUGGGCGAAGGCGCGGUUGCAGCGGGCCGGGUCCCUGGGUGCCCCCCAUGGCGGGGCAGCGGGUGGAGGUGGACGGCGGGAUCAUGGAAGGGGGCGGCCAGAUCCUCAGAGUCUCCACAGCCCUGAGCUGUCUGCUGGGCCUCCCUCUGCGGGUGCAGAAGAUCCGCGCGGGCCGCAGCACGCCCGGCCUCAGGCCUCAACAUUUAUCUGGACUGGAAAUGGUUCGAGAUUUGUGUGGUGGACAACUGGAGGGAGCAGAAAUCGGCUCCACAGAAAUAGUCUUCACGCCAGAAAAGAUCAGAGGUGGAAUCCAUACAGCAGACACCAAGACAGCAGGGAGUGUGUGCCUCUUGAUGCAGGUUUCAAUGCCCUGUGUUCUCUUCGCUGCUUCUCCAUCAGAACUUCGCUUGAAAGGUGGAACUAAUGCUGAAAUGGCCCCCCAGAUCGAUUACACCAUGAUGGUCUUUAAGCCAAUUGUUGAAAAAUUUGGUUUUAAAUUUAAUUGUGACAUUAAAAUGAGGGGCUAUUACCCAAAAGGAGGUGGCGAAGUACUCGUGCAGAUGUCUCCAGUUAAACAGUUAAACCCAAUAAAUUUGACUGAUCGUGGCUCUGUGACAAAGAUCUAUGGGAGAGCGUUUGUUGCUGGUGUUCUGCCAUUUAAAGUAGCAAAAGAUAUGGCGGCGGCAGCUGUGAGAUGCAUCAGAAAGGAGAUCAGAGAUCUGUAUGUUAACAUCCAGCCUGUUCAGGAGCCCAGAGACCAAGCAUUUGGCAAUGGCAGUGGAAUAAUCAUUGUUGCUGAGACAUCCACUGGCUGUUUGUUUGCUGGAUCAGCACUUGGCAAACGAGGCGUGAAUGCAGACAAGGUUGGAAUUGAAGCUGCUGAGGUGCUGCUGGCAAAUCUUAGACAUGGUGGAACUGUGGAUGAAUACCUGCAAGACCAGCUAAUUAUUUUCAUGGCACUAGCCAAUGGAAUUUCCAGAAUAAAAACAGGACCAGUUACGCUCCAUACACAAACUGCUAUCCAUUUUGCUGAACAGCUAGCAAAGGCCAAAUUUACUGUGAAGAAGUCAGAAGAUGAAGAGGAUGCCUCUAAAGACACUUUCAUUGUUGAGUGUGAAGGAGUUGGGAUGACAAAUCCUUAUCUAUAGAGUAUCUGCCGUGUAAAUGGUGUACCUCAGUGAUGGAUGGCACUCAUUCAAAGCAUGUUCUUAAAGGACCUGACUAGACUUGGAGAUGAAGGAUGAUGUUCUAGAUUUGCCUCACCAGAAUCCUACUUGAAAUCUCUCCUGCAAUACUGACAGUGCCGUAAGAUUUGAUGGAUAUGUAUGAUUUCAGUAUUUAAGUAUUGAAAUAAAAGUUUCUUUGUACCUGAAGUAAA